UUCGGCAUCGAUGGAUUCAGCAGCGGUAUUGUGCAUGUCCAUGGCCAUGUCCGUCCGCACGUAGCCACGUACUGUACAGACCCCCACACACGGGUGAAGCGAUGGAUGGAUGGAUCCACACACUCACACAUAGACGCAUACACACACGCACACGCACACGAAGACACCUACGGGCGGGGCCGAUAUCGAGCAACGAGACAACGAAUUCAACCGAUCCUCAGACCUCACUCUCUCUCUCACUCGCAGGCAGGCAGACAGACAGACAGCUGUCAUCUAUCUAUGUAUGUCUGUGUCAGUCAGUUUUGCACCUGCACUUUGGUCUGGACCUUAUCGAACGGCCCCACUCCUUUGGUCUUGACAUACACCUGCGCGUACUUGACCUCAUCACAUAUAUUCUUCGGGGUGUACCAUCUGAGAGAGACACAGAGAGGGGCGGGAGGGAGGAAGGGAUGGAGGCAAGUGUGCUGGGCUGGUUGGUUGUUUGUUUGUGUGGUGGCUGUCUACCUACCUGUUGAGGGUGAAUGGGAAGAUGAGCCUGGAGUUAAGCCCUCCGGGGUUCCAGGUGAUGCCCAUCCUGGUCGACUGCUUCACACUCCACCCUGCACACGCACACCCAAGACAGGCAACCUCCCACUGCUUUCACAGACCCGUGUCUCAUAUAGUCACUGGCGUACCGUAGUCAUGGGAGGCACACAUAGGGUAGGGGUACUUGUCGAUCGGAUCCCGGUUGUGCCACUUGUCCUCCGCACCCAUGAUGGCCAGCCCAGCCCCGGCAGGCUGCGGCUUGCUCGGCACCGUGUGGGGCCUCGCAUAAUAGGUAGGGAUAUCGAUCUGCCGGUCCUUGUUGGUGAUCUUGUCCUCUACAAGACUCAGCUUCUUCAACCGGAGCUGAAACACGGGGGAGAUCCGCAAAUGCUUCUGCAUGCAAGCAACACAGAGAGAGACAGACAGUCAGCCCAGCCAGAGAUGGGCUCGUUUCUCUUUCACCCUGGCUGGCCCCCUUUGCCUUCGUGUGCUGACUGACCAGCUCUUUGUUGACGGUCUCCUCAAAUAUGCGAUGUGCCGCCGUGAUGUUGCCUGGGUCGGAGCCGAAGCCUCUGAAGUCCCUGCCACCGCUACCCCCAAACGGAUGCUUCUUCGGCCCCUUCUUCGCCUCAGCCAUGGCCAACCAAUGAAAGUUCCCUCCGUCAGGCUGGCGGUCAAUGAAUCAAUGAAUCAAGCUGCAGUGGGGCUCUUGUCUCAGCUGCCGUCUUUUCCCUCUCCUUCUUCGCACACGUAUGCAGACAACAACAAUCGCUCUUCCGAGCGCGAAAGCGCCGCGGCGCGAGGAGG